UGUGAUAUUUUCGUUUCUAGAUUGUUCAUCCAAGGCAUAAAUUUCAAGUUUUAGAAUUUGAAUUACAUUUAAGAAUUUAAAUUAUUGUAAUUGGUGACUACUCCCUGGUUUUAGAACUAUUCGGUAUUUUAUAGUAACGCUAAUUCAUUUUUUAACUAUUGAAUAGUAGCCAGUAACCGGCUUUUCAUUGAAAGCAAUUAAAAGUUAAAAUAGUACACGCGUUAUUCAAUAAACAAAAAGUAUUGCAUCUGGUCUAUUACAAAGACGCUCCACUAUGUCUAACACCAAGAUGAAUGAGUUGCGGAGCGACAUCGAUGAGUUAAAAAUUCUAUUAAAUCAGGCGAAUCGAAAAAGGGUGCAAGAUUUUUUGUCUCUAGAAAUUCGUAAAUUAGAAACAGAGUGGAUUAAGCUAAAGGAAAAUGUCAAAGAGACUCCAUUGGAAAUUGUUACACCUGCACCAUCAGUAUCUGUUCAAAAGAAGAGGACUCAGAUAAAAUUAAAUGGAUAUGGCUGGGAUCAAUCAGACAAGUAUGUAAAGGUAUUUGUCACUCUAAAGGAUGUACAGACUAUACCAAAAGAGCGAGUUACCUGUAAUUUAACUGAGAAGUCAAUGGAACUGCAUGUUGAAGACUUGGACAGCAAGGAUUACAAAUUGGUGAUAAAUAAUUUACUUUAUCCCAUUAAUGUUGCUGAAUCCCAUUGGAAACAGAAGACAGACAUGGUUGUUAUAUUUCUUGCAAAAUCUGAACCCACCAAAUGGUCUCACAUGACUGAAAUAGAGAAAAAAUUUGAAGACAAACGUAGUAGUCGUUUGAAGCCAGAGCCCGCUGAAACUGAUAAUAAGGAUCCUCAGGCAUCUAUUAUGAGCCUUAUGAAAAAUAUGUAUGAAACUGGAGAUGAUGAUAUGAAGAGAAUGAUCACCAAAGCCUUCUAUGAAGGCCAACAAAAAAACAAAAGUAACACUGUAGAUUUGUGAAUAAGGUGUUAGAUGGUAUUUAGUUUUUAAGUUAAAUUGUAAUCUUAAGUAUUGAAAUAAAAACAUAUUUCAAAUAA